CAACCCCAUUGCACAAUCAAGUUCGAAAACCGCAAAACUUUGAGAAUUGAAGGGAAAAAGGAAGACGAAAAGAAUGAGUUCAUCAAGAAGGGCCUGGAUUGUAGCCGCCAGUGUGGGCGUGGUGGAAGCAUUAAAGGAUCAAGGAAUUUGCCGAUGGAAUCACACCAUUAGAUCGGCACAUCAAUACGCUAGAAACCAUGUCAGAUCGGUGCCUCAGGCCACUAGAUUGACUGGCUCCUCCGCCGCCGUGGUUUCCAGCAAGCCACAGCAGAAGCAAUCGGAAGAAUCUUUGAGAACCGUCAUGUAUUUGAGCUGUUGGGGUCCCAAUUAAAGUCCCCUUUUGUUCAAGAUUUAGAGUCUGAUACUAAAAUCAGCCGCCGCCAGAGAGGAUCUCGGCGAGGCUUUAUAAUUCCCUCUUGAACCACAGUGGGGUUGGGCGAAAAAAAUCGCCGGUAGGGGAUUUGUACUGUAACGAUGUAUAUGAAUUGGGUAUUUGGUGUCAAUGGAAAUCAUACAAUUACCGGA